AGUUGUGGAUCGGCUUUUAGCAAUAAUCGAUAUCGAGUUGACCACGCUUCUUGUUUAAGGAAAUCUAAUUCUGUGAUUUCAGUAACAGUUACAGAUAAUUCAGUUAAGCCAUAUAAUUGUUUGCGUGGAUAAUUUCUAUGAUGUAGAAAUUGGUUUUUUUAUUACAUAUGUCAGUGCAUCUUAAAACCUACACACAUCGGUAUUCGUUAUGCGAAAUGAGCGGACCUAUACUAGCUCACCGAAACUCCUUGAUGGGAGCAUCGAAGCAGGACACCUGGCGCACAAGAUGUGCAAGGAAAUUGCGCAUAAAUAACCGCAUCGUUCGAGGUUUCCUCGCCGAAUUCCUGGCUACCUUUGCAAUGAUUGUUUUUGCUAGCACAGCGGGUGUAUCCAACUUAGCCAGAUCCUCAAAAUUCAACAUUCCGCCAGGAUCAAACAUUUUAAUGAUCUGCAUCAUCCAAGGAGCAGCGGUGACCUUUGCCAUUUACAUUGCUGGAGGAAUAACAGGAGGUUUCUUGAACCCAGCAGUUACUGUGGCCUGGACUAUUCUUGGUCGGCUAAACUGGAAAAACUGCAUUGCAUACUGCAUUGCCGAAUAUCUUGGAGCAUUUUGCGCUUCGGGAAUAACAUUCCUGACCUUUUACGAUUUAUUCUUCGAGGCAAGGCAGAGUGGUCCGCCACCGUCUUAUCCCAUUCCAUGGGUCGUACCCACUACGGAACACUUGACUGUGGACGGCAACACAACCUUAUUUGGCGCUGGGGUUGCGUAUCACGAUUACAAGAACACAUUUGGCACAUAUCCGCGUGACGGAAUCAGUCUUGUCAAUGCCUGGAUAGACCAAAUUGUGUGUUCCAUGAUGCUUUUAAUUGGUGUACUGGCGGUGUCUGAUCGUCGCAACUGGAGGCCACCUGAUGGAUUGUUUCCCAUAAUUGUUGGCUUGAUGGUCAUGACAGUAAAUCUUGGAUUCAACUUCAAUACCGGUUCAGCAAUGAAUCCCGCAAGAGAUCUCUCGCCAAGGUUGUUUUCCUAUUUGAUCGGAAUGGGACCCGGCAUCUUCGAGGAAAUGGAUUACAUGUGGUUCCUUGUGCCUAUUCUUGGAUCACACGCUGGAGCAAUUUUAGGCGCGAUGGUGUACGUCACUUUCAUAGAAGUCCAUUGGCCAGAAACACCGAAGAGUAUCGGCAACCGAGUACGAUCGGAACUGUCAGAAUCAAGCGCGGUACUGACGGCCACUAAAACGGUUAUGCCGGAUAGCAAUGAAUCGUAUCCACAUCCUGUCCAGUUACUGGAGGAAAACGUACCAGGUCGUGUGGAUCACAGCUGCUGAGUUAAUUACGUAUCCAGAAAAGGAGUGCUUUGAGAAUAUCCUGGCUUAUAUGGUACUACUCUUCUCAGUAAAACUGCUUAUAAAAUAAUAUGAACUGUAAUGCGCAUACUAUGUACAAUACUGUACUACGUUUUGUUCUUUGCAACAAAGGUCAACGUUUGAGUUUUCAUCUACUUUCUAAAUGAGUGUUAAUACUGUUAUUAGUGGCGAACGACGACUGCCACAUUGAAUGCUUUAAAAACACAACCUAUAUGGCAAACGUGGAACGAAUAUGCAGUAACAAAACUGCGCAUGAACGCUAGCGC